GAAGAAGGAAAAGAGGAGAAAAAAAAUGUUCAGAGCAACAGAAUUAGUCUGAACUGAUCUGAACUGAUCCGGGUUCUGGUUCUGAUCACCUGGAUUACCUGGAUCACCUGGAUCACCUGGGUCACCUGGCUGACUGAAGACGUCUUAACUUUUACCUGGAGCAGGAAGUGAGAGCAGAGCAGUAAACAUGGGCAGUAAGGAGCGAUAUCAUUGGCAGGCUCAGAACGUGAAGGUGAGCGGCGUGGACGACAUGGUGCUGCUGUCCAAGAUCAGCGAGGACGCCAUCACAGAGAACCUGAAGAAGAGAUACAACGACGACUACAUCUUCACCUACAUCGGUCCGGUUCUGAUCUCAGUGAAUCCGUUUAAACAGCUUCCUUAUUUCACUGACAGAGAAGUGGAGCUUUACCAGGGAGCUGCUCAGUAUGAGAACCCCCCCCACAUCUACGCCCUGGCUGACAACAUGUACCGCAACAUGAUGAUUGACAGCGAGAACCAGUGUGUCAUCAUCAGCGGUGAGAGCGGCGCCGGAAAAACUGUCGCUGCCAAAUACAUCAUGAGCUACGUGUCCAAGGUGUCUGGAGGAGGAGACAAAGUCCAGCAUGUUAAAGACAUCAUCCUGCAGUCCAAUCCUCUGCUGGAAGCCUUCGGCAACGCCAAGACCGUCCGCAACAACAACUCCAGCAGAUUCGGAAAAUACUUUGAGAUCCAGUUCAGUCGAGGAGGCGCUCCUGAUGGCGGGAAAAUCUCCAACUUUUUACUGGAGAAAACCCGAGUGGUUUCACAAAACCCUGGAGAGAGAAACUUCCACAUCUACUAUCAGCUGUUGACAGGGGCCAAUGAGCAGCAGAGGGAGAACCUUGGGGUCACGACCCCCGACUACUACUACUACCUCAACCAAUCAGGAACCUACACGGUGGAGGACGUCAAUGACAAGAAGGAGUUCUCCGAUACUAUGGAGGCGAUGUCAGUAGUGGGUCUGUCUGUAGAGGAACAGGACUCGGUUCUUCAGCUGGUUGCAGGAAUUAUUCAUCUGGGAAACAUCAGCUUCAGAGAGGAAAACAAUUACGCUGUGGUUGAAAGCCAGGACUUCCUGGCGUUCCCGUCCUUCCUGCUGGGAAUCUCUCAGGACGGUCUCUGCAGUAAACUCACCAGCAGGAUUAUGGACAGUAAGUGGGGAGGGAAGACCGAGUCCAUCUCCGUCACCCUGAACACGGAGCAGGCCUGUUUCACCAGAGACGCCCUGUCCAAAGCGCUCUACACACGACUCUUUGACUUCCUGGUUGACUGUAUUAAUAAAGCCAUACAGAAGGACCAGGAGGAGCUGAACAUCGGCGUGCUCGACAUUUACGGCUUUGAGAUCUUCCAGAAAAAUGGUUUUGAGCAGUUCUGCAUCAACUUCGUCAACGAGAAGCUGCAGCAGAUUUUCAUCGAACUCACACUGAAGGCAGAACAGGAGGAAUACGUCCAGGAGGGAAUCAAAUGGUCGCCCAUCGAGUAUUUCAACAACAAGGUGGUCUGUGACCUCAUCGAGUCCAAACUGAAUCCUCCUGGGGUCAUGAGCAUCCUGGACGAUGUGUGUGCAACGAUGCACGCUAAAGGUGAGGGGGCGGACCAGACGCUGCUGCAGAAGCUGCAGGGACAGAUCGGAUCACACGAACACUUCAGCAGCUGGAACAGAGGAUUCAUCGUCCACCACUACGCUGGGAAGGUGUCGUAUGAUGUCGGUGGUUUCUGUGAAAGGAACAGAGACGUGUUAUUUAAUGACAUCAUCGAGCUGAUGCAGAGCAGCGAAUUUCCGUUCAUCAGAGCUCUGUUUCCUGAGAACCUGGAGGCUGAGAAGAGAGGGCGUCCGAGCACCGCCAGCAGCAAGAUCAAGAAACAAGCCAACACUCUGGUCCAGACCCUGAUGAAGUGCACUCCACACUACAUCCGCUGCAUCAAACCCAACGAGACCAAACGUCCUCGGGACUGGGAGGAGAACCGGGUCAGACAUCAGGUGGAGUACUUGGGACUCCGCGAGAACAUCCGGGUCCGUCGCGCAGGAUAUGCUUACCGCCGAGCCUUCAACAAGUUCCUGCACAGGUACGCCAUCCUGACCAGGGAGACGUGGCCAAGCUGGAGGGGCGAGGAGCGUAAGGGAGUCCUUCAUCUCCUCAACUGUGUCAACAUGGACCAGGACCAGUUCCAGCUGGGCAAGGCUAAAGUCUUCAUCAAAGCUCCAGAGUCUCUGUUCUUGUUGGAGGAGAUGAGGGAGAGGAAGUACAACGGUUACGCUCGGGUCAUCCAGAAAGCUUGGCGCAAACACAUCGCUGUCCGCAAGUACGUCCAGAUGAGGGAGGAAGCGUCGGAUGUCCUGCUGAACAAGAAGGAGCGCCGCAGAAACAGCCUCAACAGGAACUUUGUGGGAGAUUACAUCGGGACAGACAACCAUCCAGAGAUCCGGCAGUUUGUCGGCCGCAGAGAGAAGAUUGAAUUUGCUGAUGUUGUGGUGAAAUAUGACCGCCGGUUCAGGUCUGUGAAGCGUGACCUCAUCCUGACCCCGAAGUUCCUGUACAUGAUUGGUCGAGAGAAGGUGAAGCAGGGUCCCGAUAAAGGUCAGAUCCAAGAGGUUCUCAAGAGGAAGAUCGAGCUCAACAAGAUCCAGUCUGUUUCCCUAAGCACUCUGCAGGACGACUUCUUCAUCAUCCACGAGGAAGAGUAUGACAGCGUUCUCCAGAGUGUCUUUAAAACCGAGUUCCUCAGUCUGCUGGUGAAACGUUACCAGGACAAAACUCAGAAGAAGCUGCCGCUCAAAUUUAACAACCUUCUGGAGUUCAAGGUGAAGAAAGGCGGCUGGGGUCCAUUCAGCUCUGCAGGGUCCAGACAGAUCCAGUUCCAGAUGGGUCAGGGGGACGAGGUAGUCCUGAAGCCCAGUGGAAAGGUCCUGCAGGUCUCUAUUGGACCGGGUCUGCCCAAAAACUCCAGACCGACCAGGAGGGACAAGCGUAAGAGCCGCUACAUGGGUAACCAGGGUCCGCCCAGCAGCCAGUACAACUCAGACCCUCGACCCAGAGGGGGCGGCGCUCCCAGAGGAGGCCCCGCCUCCUCCAGAGGAACCCUGCUGAGACAGCAGUCCAGCAUGGAUCAGCCCAGUCUGCCCCGCCACCAGAGCCACCAUCGCCCUGACAACAGGCCCGCCCAUAAUCACGACAUGGGCUUCAUGGACGUCCCCGAUCAGGGUGCCGCAGGGCUGCAGCGCCGGCGGUCCAAGGAGUUUAGACCGGUUCCUGGAACAGGUCGACCCAAACCAGCUCCCAAACCGAAGCCACGGUCUCCACAGUGCAGAGCUCUGUACGCCUACGACGCCCAGGACACUGACGAGCUCAGCUUUAACACCGAUGACGUCAUCGAGAUACUCACUGAAGAUCCGUCGGGUUGGUGGUACGGCCGGCUGCGUGGCAGGGAGGGGAUGUUCCCCGGAAACUAUGUGGAGAAGAUCUAGGCCUGCUCUCCAGGGUCAAAGGUCACUGGCCUGCUGUUCCAGUUGGGGUCAGAGGUCACCGGAGCUUUCCACACAUCAGCUGAGAGGAAACAGCUGAUUACUGAAUAUUAAUUAAAAACAUUUUGUUUGAGUCAGAGUCACGGCUGUCAGCCAACCAGAGCUGCAGCUGCAUUGUCCCCAAAGGUCAAAGGUCAGAGUUUGGUGCUCCUACCUGCAGACUGCUGGACUGAACGUGUGUGUGUGUGUCCCCGUAACAC